AUGUUACAUUUUACCUUCCAGCUAUAUUAUGGAGUGAAUUGCUUGAAAGAUCGGUACUAUCAACCCGUCAAUUUAGCUACCAAAGACAUUGUAAUCACUUCUUACUCAGUCCUUAAAAGGGAACUCUCUUAUGCCGAAGCCAGCCAGGAAAGGUUCUCCAGGAAAGGCACGCGCUACCUGCAGCCUCCAAGUCCAUUGAAGUGUAUUAAAUGGUGGAGAAUAUGCAUUGAUGAAGCUCAAAUGGCUGAAAGCGUUACUUCCAAAAUUGCAAAAAUGCUAUGCGAAGUUGAUGCCGUUAAUCGGUGGUGUAUCACGGGCACUCCAGCUGAAACUAGACUUUCAGACUUUUACGGUCUCUUGGCUUUCCUUCGCGUGGAACCCUUCACUUCUCAGCAUUAUUGGAAUGCUCUUCUUCAUCAACCUUUUCUCCGAACACUUCGAACGAGUGCUUCUGACUCGAAGGCACUUGCUUCUACGAUGCUUGUUCGCCUCUUUUCAAAUCUCCUUUUUAGAAAUACCAAGGCUCGAGUGGGCGCUCAACUUGCUCUUCCACCUAUUAAAACAGAGUUCCAUUUGAUUAAAUUCACCCCUGCCGAGGAAUAUAUCUAUAGAAAAAUAUUGCAUGAGUGCUCUAAAGCCAUUGAGCAAGCGCUUAUUAAAUGGCCCAACUUAAAUCUCACUGUUCCAAUGACAUUGCAUCCCUCUGAUUUCCAAAGCAGGAUUCUAACCAGUGUCACCAGGGCUCGACAGGCUUGCACACAUCCUAGCUUGGUGAUCACUUCUCCGAGAUACGUCUUCACUAGGGGUAAAAAGCGUUUAGUAGAAUCUGAUCCCAAUGAAACGAGACUGACUUUGCAAGUGGCGAGGACUAAAAAUAUAUACAGAAAACCAUAUUUUUACUUGCUACUUAAUAUUUAUUCAAGUAUGACGGAGGUACUUCGAAGGGUAGGCAAUGAUGAACAGGUCCAAUGUGAAAAUUUACUUCGUUCGUGGAUAGCUAAUAAAGCAGAAGCCGCUGCAUGCCAUAUUAUAAAAGGGGAGUACGAGCAAGCAGCUAACUGCUACCGUGGGGUAUUAAAAAAAGCCAAUGAAUUGGCGUCGAAUUUUGAAAUUCGGGCUGAUUCUUGCCAGAUACUACACGCUAUUACAAAUCUACACUUUCUUAUUGAGAAUCGCCAUGUUAAAUUGGAGAACGACUCUGUCCCUCCUACUACUCCUACGGAGUGUGAUGAUUCGGGCUUAGGCACUUCAGACUACGAGGAAAGUGAUCAUAGUCCAAGUAGCUCUAAACAACUGGAUCCAAGAGUAGAUAGAGAUCUUCCACGGAAAGCAAACUUAAUAAGAUGGAAUUAUCUUAAGGCGCUUAAUUUCGUUGAACUUUGCUGA